AUGUACAAUCUUCCAAUUGUUUACGGUGCCCCUCUCUCAGUCCCACGUUGGAUCGGUUUUUGGGCUUUUAAGUCUAAUUUAGUGAAUAUUGACCGACCCAAUUGA